CGCACAGACGUUGACGCACCAGAGUUUUACCUUUUUCUCUCGUAACUAAAUCAUCAAACUGAGGUUUUUCUCGCUUUCCUCAGACGAACUACUAGGAGGUUUACCUUUUCCUCCAUUACAUUUCAUAUCGCAGAGGUUUUUACUAUCAUUUUCCUCACACAUCGAUGAAUAACCCCAUCUCAACAGUAGUUUUGAGGGAUCAAAACUCGGGGGGAGUUGUUCCGUCCAGACCCCAAAUUGGGACUGUACUGGGAGUGAAGCCACUUCCAUUUUUACUCAUGGGACUAUUAAGCUAUCUAAUACUCCAAGCCCCAGGUCGGGGCUAUAAAAACCCCUACCGGGAGCAUAAUAAACAACAACGCUCUUUUGUCUCCUUGACUCACUCUCAGGUACAUAAAACAUCA